ACUUCCUUGUCUAUGAGUUGGAGCUACGCGGAAAAGCAGAGAGAGAGCAAUUUACAACUUUAACACUUUAUACCGCGAAAUAACUGUAACUUUACUCCCAUAAAACUGUCCUACUAAAGAUAGAGAGUCAUGGCGCUCAGCGAUGCCGAUGUUCAGAAACAGAUCAAACACAUGAUGGCCUUUAUCGAGCAAGAGGCCAACGAGAAGGCAGAAGAAGUAGAAGCAAAGGCAGAAGAGGAGUUUAACAUUGAGAAAGGACGUCUUGUGCAGACUCAGAGGGUUAAAAUAAUGGAGUAUUAUGAGAAGAAAGAGAAGCAGAUCGAGCAGCAAAAGAAAAUUCGGAUGUCCAAUCUGAUGAACCAGGCCAGGCUGAAGGUGCUGAAGACUCGAGAUGACAUGGUCACGGAUCUUCUUAAUGAGGCACGGAAGCGGUUGGCUGACAUUGCUAAAGAUCCAGCUAAAUACUCCAUGCUGCUAGAAGGUUUAGUCUUACAGGGUUUCUAUCAGCAGCUGGAACCAAAGGUUAUAAUUCGCUGCCGGAAGGAAGAUGUGGCCUUGGUGGAGGCUGCUGUGCAGAAGAACAUCCCCAUCUAUAAAGAGACUGUAAAGCGCAAUAUUGAAGUCAGCAUCGACAAGGACAACUUUCUCUCACCUGACGUCUCGGGAGGCGUGGAGGUCUAUAACGCCAAUGGAAAGAUCAAGGUAUCCAACACUUUGGAGAGCAGACUGGAACUGUUGGCCCAACAAAUGAUGCCUGAAAUUCGAGUGGAACUGUUCGGAGCGAACCAGAACCGCAAGUUCAUGGACUGAGAGAAGACACUUCUACCAAAGAAUCUACAGGAGAGGAUGUAGGAGAGGACUUGAGUCUGAACAUGACUGGAACUCUGUGCCAGUUGUGUGAGAGUUGCCAGUUGUCUGCAGAUAUCUCUCAUUCACUUCUGACAGCUCAGUGCUUCACACCUCCAUUUUUUCCCCUCUUUUUUCUGUGAUAUAUGCCUGACAAAAGGACAGACUGGAAAACAAGUGUAAGGUGUGCUUGUGUCUGUUCACACUGAUGUGCUUGAUUCAGGAUUAGGGUUUAGAGUGUAUAGGAUGUAUAUUUUUCUGUACUCCCCUAUCAAACUAAAUCAGUGCACUUGAGCUAAGCACUUAUUGUGAAUGAAGAAUUUACACUGUACAGGUUGUGACUAGAUUUCUCCUGCCUUUCUGACUUGCCUUUCCUUAAUCCCUCUCAAAAUUUCCCCUAAACUCCUACUGCCUUACUGCCUAAAGUGGGUCAACUUUCUCAAGGAAGUCGGGAUGUUUACUCUUUCUAUUAUGUGUGUGUUUUUUUUUGUAUAAUCUGUGUAUCUGAAUAUUGAUUCGUGAUGAUUGUGCGUGUGUGUGUUCAUGUGAUUUUUAAAACAGGAAUAAAUCAAAUAUAUUUUA